CCAACUCGACAACAACAACCUCAACCACAACCGCAACCAACUCGACAACAACCUCGACCACCACCACAACAACAACCAACUCAACAGCAACCAAUUCGACAACCAACUCGACAACCAACUCAACAGCAACCAAUUCGACAACCAACUCGGCAACCAAUUCGACAACCAACUCGACAACCAACUCAACAACCACCACAAGAACAUCCAACUCAAACUCGACAACAACCAACUCGACAACCGACUCGACCUCCACAGACCCAACCAUCAAUACCGCCUCG